AUUCAUGCUAGAGAAAAAGCUAGUGAUGCUGUUGCUGCUGAGGCUACAGCUGCAGAAAGAAGAAAAAAUAAUGCAAACAAAGAAGCAGCAGAGGAGAUAAGAAGAAGGGCUAUGGAAAACCUAUCCGAAACCAGGAAGCGAAAGGAAAGCAAGCAAGGUGGUUAGAAAAAAGUUAGGAAAGGAGGAGAUUCUACUUUAGAGUUUCUAAGAGAAAAGGGGGAGAAAGAAAGAAAAUUAAGAGAGGAAAGCUUACAAUUGGAAAGAGAGAAAAAAGAAAUACAAAGGCUGCAAUUACAGAAUGAGAAAGAAAGUCAACAGCAAUUCAUGGAGAAACAAAAUCAGUUGCUGCAAAACAUGAUUGAAUUGCAAAGGCAACAAAACCAGCAAAUUCAAGCAAAUCAAAUGUUACUGGUUCAACAACAAUCACAAGCCCUAGUAGCUCUUUUAUCAAAAAUUGCUGACAAAUAAACUAAUCAUGUUUUUUUUAACAAAAAUUGC